AUGUAUGACACUUCCCUCUCCUUGUGUGAACCACCUUCUACCGAAUCAAGGGUACCGGCACCGAAUAGAAGUUCAAGACUUGAAAUAGGGUCUCCGAUAAUCGUCGUUGAAGCACCCAAGGUGAUAAAGACUGCAGCAUCGGUUCCAUGCCUCAGAGCUAACUCUGGCCUCGUGAAGCCUGGAGAUUUUGGAAGAAUUGUUUCAAGAAAACCCAAAGAUGCAUGGGCUGUUCGUCUUGCUAUUGGCACCUAUCUUUUAGAUGGUAAGUACUCCAAAGCUUUGGAAUUUGAUGAAUCUGAAGAAUGAUAUUGUGAAUUGAUGAUAUACAU